AUGUUGUACAACACUCAAAUUUCAAACGUUCAAAAUCUUUAUGUUCUAACUGAACAACCAGAAGUUUAUUCAAUUGUUACAAUACCCUCGAUACCGCAAAAUACAAUUGUAUCUCAGUUAUUGUACGAACCUGUUCAGACAUUUCUUAAUUUACCUCAACAAAACUUGAAUAUAUUAGGUGUAAGAAAUCAAUAUCCUUUUCAACCAAGAAUUAUUAGACAAACAAACGAACGACCUCUUUUCGCUUCUCGACAUUUUUCUACAUUACCAACAGCAACACAAAACUCAAAUGGUUCUUAUAUAAGUACAUUUACUCCCCAAUGUUCAGCCCCACCUGAGGAUGAUGAUAGUAAUAAAACAGAAAAACCCCAUGAAACAUUAAUUUCAACUUAUAAGGGUACGCCAACACCUCUGUCAACUGUUCUUCGUCCUGUUGUACAAACUCGACAACAAAAAAGUCGACAGCAAACAAAACCACACUCACAAAAAACUGAAGAAGAAAAUCAUGAUGAUUUAUUGGAUAAAAAUCUAGCAAAAACGGGUUAUAAACGGGUAGUUGUCGAUGCGGAUGGAAAUUGUUUUUUCUCGGCUAUUGCCAUUGAAUUAAUUGAUUUUUUUACAAAAGACAGAGAAUUUCGUUCAAUUAUUAAACGUCGUACAUUACUAGAUGAUAAUUCAUUAGAAAAUUCUAUUAUAUUAGCGAGAAUGUUAAGAAAAUUAUGUUAUAAUGAAUGGAAAACAAACACAGAGAAAUAUAAAGCGUUCAUUCAAAAUGAUUCGAAUAAAAUUACCAAUAUUUUAGAUGAAGCAAAAAAGUUCAGAAAUGAUAAAUAUCAUAGUUCUGAACUUGGUGAUGCGUUGCCAUUGACUUUAGCCAAUAUUCUUGGUGUUCGCGUUAAAAUCAUUACAUCAAUUGAAAAUUGUCCGAUUAUUGAUGUCUCACCAGAUGAUCAUCAAACAAACUGUAAAAACUUGCCGUUUAUUUCUCUGGCGUAUAAUCAGUCUGGCGAGGGACAUUACGAUAUUGCUGUCAAAAACACAACAUAA